CCUUGAUAACAUGAGUGGCGCGCUACCAAGAAAGUGCUGGCCAUAAGCAUGAGCAUGAGCACGCUUUUAUCACCAAUUAAGACCAUAGACCAACUUUUGUCUGAGGUUGAGAAGUUCAAGGGAAAAAGGAUAUUUGUUCUCUUCUCUGGGACGCCUUUGCCGGAUGGAACCAACUGGUGUCCCGAUUGUGUCAAAGGUGAGCCAAUAAUAAAGAAAGCACUCGAGAAAUUACCAGAAAAUGCUGUAUUUCUGAAAGUUGAAGUAGGAGAUAGAAAUACUUGGCGUGACCCAAAUAAUAUAUUUAGAACACAUCCAAAGUGUCGAAUAACUAGCAUCCCGUCUCUGAUCGAGUUUAAUACAAUGAAAAGAUUAUCUGACAGUGAAGUCCUAAAACCUGGUCUUGUCGAACUUAUGUUUGAGGAUUAAUUGCAAAUUGCAUAGGAUCACAUAUCUUUACAACUUUUUUUGACAACUGAUUUCAUUAGUCAAUCCUAUUUCUCAAUAAAACUCCACAGUUAAUGUGUGAAAGCAUCAUUAGUGUGAUCAAUUUCCAAAGAAGCUUUAUUAUAUGCUGCCUAUUUUUGUAUUGAUUCUCAAAUGUGAUUACUAAUUUUGUUUUUCCUUACUAAUAAAUACUGAUCAUUAUUCA